GGAUGCUUGAAGAUGGAAAGAAAUUUGAUUCCUCCCGGGACAGAAACAAGCCCUUUAAGUUUAUGCUAGGCAAGCAGGAGGUGAUCCGAGGCUGGGAAGAAGGGGUUGCCCAGAUGAGUGUGGGUCAGAGAGCCAAACUGACCAUCUCCCCAGACUACGCCUAUGGUGCCACCGGCCACCCAGGCAUCAUCCCACCGAAUGCCACCCUCGUCUUUGACGUGGAGCUUCUGAAACUGGAAUGACAGGGACAACCCCCCUCGAGCCCCCUGCGCCCCGUUCUUGGAUGUGCCGUGGAGGGAUGUGGCGCCUCCAGAUGCGCACACGCGAAUCCGUAUGGAGCUUCUCCUGAUGUUCCACUACACUCUUUGUAUAAACAUCGACCCCGACUGAAUGUGUUGUCACCCAGCUUCGCUCUUUCCCUUUUUCCUCGUAUGUGUGUUGACCUAAACUAUAUGCCAUAAACCUCAAGUUACUCAUUUUAUUUCGUUUUCGUUUUGGGGUGAAGGUUCAGUUUCAGUCUUUUGGAUCUAGGUUUCCACUUAAGUAUUAGUCAAGUAUUAACAGCACAAGUAAUGGGUUAAUUUUAGAAUAGGAAUUGGUGGGGGUGGGAGGGGGGUUGCAAGAAUCUUUAUUUUAUUUUUAUUUUUUUUUUUUUGGAUGAAAUUUUUAUCUAUUAUAUAUUAAACAUUCUUGCUGCUGCGCUGCAAAGCCAUAGCAGAUUUGAGGCGCUGUCGAGGGCCGAAUUAUCUCCAAGUUGAGAGAUGUCCUUGGGUUGAAUUAAAAGCCCUACCCAAAACUGAAAUGGGGAGGGGGAGGAGAGCCUUUGCCUCCACUGCCCUGCCCCACCCUCCCCUUAAACCCUCUGCCUUUUGGAAGCAGAUGGUUCUCACUGCGAUGUUGGACACUACAGGUAUCUGUCCCCAGGCCAGCAGGGACCUCUGAAGCCUUCUUCGUGGCCUGGCUUCCCCCCCCCCCGCCCCCCCUGCCCCUCCAUCCUGUGGUUUUUCUAACGGAUAUUCAGGACUUUUGUAAUCUCAUAGCUAUCCAAGCUCCACUUCCUAAAUUUUAAGAAACUUUAAUCGAAAGUUUAAAUUGAAGGUGCUGUUUGUAGACACUUAACACCCGAUGAAAGCCCAGCCAUCAUGACAAACCCUUGAGUGUUGUCUUGAGAAAAAUGAUGCUGGUCAUCACAGCUUCAGCAUCUCCUGGUUUUUGAUGUGCAGCAUUGAUGUUCAGCUCCCCCUGCUGAUCUCAGAGUUUCCUGCCUUUUCCUCCCCCCUCUCACCCCUUUGCUGUCCUGUGUAGUGAUUUGGUGAGAGAAAUUAUUGCUGCCUAUCCCCCACCCCCACCUCCCUGCACUAUGUAUAAGUUUCAAGUUUUAUUAUUGCAAUAAAAGUGCUUUAUGCUGGCUUUUCUCA